AUGGCGCCCAUGUUGGUACCGCUGAAAUGCGGCUUUCACUUUCAAAGACAAAAAUUAGCGCUUCUCCUUCGACAGACGAGCUCAUAUCACAUUUGGAAUAACAGCCGCAAUGAAAACGGGAUCGACCAUAAACGACAAACUACAUAUGUGCUGAGUUCCCCUCCACACUUACGAACAGCUACAUGGAGUACAAACAGGGGCGAUAACCAUCGUCGGAUUUUGGAGGCAGCAAAACAUUUGCAGGUGACAGACAAACGAACAUGUUGGCACGGACAUGCGGGAGGGGGGCUAAGCGCAGAUCCAAAAAAUGUGCUGAAGGAGGUGAAUUCAGCCAAGAUCCUGUCUGCAAUGCUGUCUUAUGUGUGGCCAAAGGACAGACCAGACCUGCGGGCUCGUGUUGCAAUUUCUCUGGGUCUGCUCGCUGGAGCCAAGAUCACCAAUGUGGUGGUGCCCUUCAUGUUUAAGUAUGCAGUGGACGAGCUUAACCAGAUGUCGGGACACAUGCUGAACCUGAAUGACGCGCCAAGCACUGUGGCUACCAUGGCAACGACCGUGCUGAUUGGCUAUGGUGUGUCGCGGGCUUGCGCGGCCCUCUUCAACGAGCUGAGGAACACCGUGUUCGGCAAGGUAGCCCAGAGCUCCAUCCGACGCAUCGCCAAGAACGUCUUCCUCCACUUGCACAAUCUGGACCUGGGUUUCCAUCUCAGCCGGCAGACAGGAGCACUGUCCAAGGCCAUCGACCGUGGCACACGGGGUAUCUCCUUCGUCCUCAGCGCGCUUGUCUUCAAUCUAGGACCCACGGUGUUCGAGAUGGGCCUCGUCAGUGCCAUUUUGUAUUACAAGUGUGGUGGACAGUUUGCAGCAGUGGCCUUGGGUACCUUAUCAGCAUACACCCUUUUCACCAUUCUCGUCACUCAGUGGAGGACUCGUUUCCGGAUAGAAAUGAACAAAGCAGACAACGAGGCAGGCAAUGCAGCUAUUGACUCCCUUCUUAACUAUGAGACCGUUAAGUACUUCAACAAUGAGAAGUAUGAAGCUGAAAGGUAUGAUGGUUUCCUGAAGAUUUAUGAGUCAUCCUCUUUAAAAACCACAUCCACGCUCGCCAUGCUCAACUUUGGCCAGAGUGCCAUCUUCAGUGUCGGCCUCACUGCCAUGAUGUUGCUGGCCAGCAAGGGCAUUACAGCAGGUACGAUGACCGUGGGAGACCUGGUGAUGGUGAACGGCCUGCUCUUCCAGCUCUCCCUCCCUCUCAACUUCCUGGGUACAGUCUACAGAGAGACCAGGCAGGCCCUCAUAGACAUGAACACUCUUUUCACACUGCUCAGUGUCGACACCAGGAUCAAGGAGAGGGAUCUCGCCCCGCCACUAGCUGUCACACCACAAGAGGCCACCAUCCGCUUCGAGGACGUGUAUUUUGAGUACUUGGAGGGCCAGAAAGUCUUAAACGGAGUAUCCUUCGAAGUGCCUGCUGGGAAGAAGGUGGCUAUAGUCGGUGGCAGCGGGUCAGGGAAGAGCACCAUUGUGCGGCUGUUGUUCCGCUUCUAUGAGCCUCAGCAGGGGAACAUCUACAUAGCGGGGCAGAAUAUCCGAGACGUCAGCCUUGACAGCCUGAGGAAAGCUUUGGGCGUCGUACCCCAGGAUGCCGUUCUGUUCCACAACACCAUCUUCUACAACGUGCAGUAUGGGAACAUCAACGCCACACCAAAGGAGGUGUACCAAGUGGCACGUCUAGCAGGCAUCCAUGAUGCUAUCCUCAGGAUGCCCAAUGGCUAUGACACCCAGGUUGGGGAGCGGGGCCUCAAGCUGUCAGGAGGGGAGAAGCAACGUGUCGCCAUCGCCCGCGCAAUACUCAAGAAUCCACCCAUCCUCCUGUAUGACGAAGCAACAUCCUCCCUGGACUCAAUAACAGAAGAGAACAUCCUGAGUUCAAUGAAGGAUAUGGUGAAGGACAGGACAUCGGUGUUCAUCGCCCACAGGCUUUCCACAAUCGUAGACGCAGACGAGAUUAUAGUGCUCAAUGAGGGUAAAGUGGCAGAGCGCGGCAACCACCACACCCUCCUCAGCACCCCGGGCAGCUUGUAUGCGGACCUGUGGAACACCCAGAACAGCAAAAUCCUGAACAACACCAAGAGCCCACUGGAGCCUCCGCCUGAGCGCCUGUCCCAGAAGGAGGAGGAGAGGAGAAAAUUGCAAGAGGAGAUCCUCAACAGUGUGAAGGGCUGUGGGAACUGCUCCUGUUGAGAGAGGCUGCUUCCUCCAUGUCUCUUCAUUCCUCACAGAUGGCCUACACUGGAAUCCCUGGUCUGUGCGGUAUUGGGGGAAGGAGGGGAGGAGGAGUAGGGUGUACCCUCCCACCCCCACUACAUACUCCCACUCCAGCCAAGCCUCCACCCAUGUGACCGUCUCUCCUCCUCCUCAUGUGAAUAAAGGCCACCGCUUGCCAAAGUGAAGGAGGAGGAGCAGAACAGGGAGCACAAGUGUGUUUAGCACUGGCUGGUGUCCAGAGAUAGAGCUUCUAUGCCAGUUGCCUCAGCUGAAGCCAAGCAUAAGAGACCUUGUAUAUCACAUACGUGUGUGUAAGACAUCUGUUAGUCAACAUGGCUGCCCCCCUCCUCCUCAUUUUUGACAUCAGGUUUAUUGACAUCUUCCAUUGCACUGGAAACAGAUGAGAGUACACGUAAUGACUUGCAUAUGCCUUGAUGUUGACACAAAAUUUGUAUUGAUCACAUUUUUAAAUUAUUUUCCAAUAAAUUGAACCUAUAGUUUGCUUUUUUAUAUUAAGGAUGUGUACAUAUUGCAAUAUAUUCUGAUAUUAGGUGAUCACAGUUAGGAUGCAGAAUUACAAAGAUUGUUUUGAAGCAGUGUUCGUUUGAAUAACACGAUUUCAUAAAGCUUAUACCUGAGUAGGAUUCAGUCAUGAAGCACAUUGCCCAUGACAUUGUUAAAAAAAAAUAUCAAAUUCAGCAGAUAACUGGGUCUCCUACAAGAAGCUCCCUGGUGAAUUGGCAGUAUGUUACAGUCACAUUCAUGUAAAUAUAACGCUCUGACAAUGACGGGAGGUAACUCUAAUAAAUCAUGAAUGGUUUUCACCACAAUUGGAGCCACAUUAAGAGGUGACAACUUGAAAGCCUCCUCUGGGAACAUUGCACAGUCAUAUCAUUUAGCCUUGGUUGAUGGGCCUCUUCUAAUGAAAAGUUGUGUUUGAGAUUUUAACAGUGCUGAGACAGCUUUUUGGAUUGUAUGAUCAGAACACAAAGACUUCAUUCUGAAGGUUACAUGUAAAUGUUAAUAUUUAAAAACUGACAGUACAUGUGCGUCCUCAUUUUCUGAGGGCAGUUUGGGCUGUGAUAUGCACAUUUUGUUAGGAACCUAUGGUAUUGUAUCUAUCAAUGAAAAAAAUUAUUAGUCAAGUGUCUUGUACUAUACACACACAAUGUAAAAAGCCUGUGUCUAUGUUGACUGUGUGAGUACACUGCAGACAGAUUAAUAAUAAUAAAUGUUGGCUUUUGUCUAAAUAACAA